AUGUUUAUUCAGUUCAUCCUUUUUCAAUUUUUAAGAAUAAUUGUUGAAAAGUACUAUCCUUAACAUUUUGUUAUUUCAUCAAAAACUGAUGACGAAGGUAAAUAUCUAAUCAUUGAUUUAGGUUGGUUAAUCAAAAAUCCCUAUAAUAGAGCAUCUAAACAUACAUAUAGUUGUGUAGUAAAAAUAUAUAUGGAGGAUAUUAGAUAUUUGGAUGUUGCACAUCAACUAAAACUUCGAUGUUGA